CCUGCCGUUUCAGAGGAGCGGCGCAUGCGCGGGGGACAAUUGAGGUGAUUUGCUCUGGCAAGGCGCCGAGUUUUCCGCCGGAGAGGCACUGACAGAACCGCUAGUCACCGGCGGUAACGGUCGCGGCCUCCCAGGGACUCCGUAUUCAGGUAGCCAGAAUGCACUUUCACUGGAAUUGGCUAUGUAUGAGUGUCUUGGUCUUAACUUCAAGAAGUGCAGAACCUGAAGACUCAGAAAUUGAAGUAGAGAAUUUUGAUGAGAAUUCAGAAGAUGCUAAUGUUGAUAAAAGCAGACCAGCACUAGAGGUUGUGUACAAGAGUCCGAAACCUACCGGAGAAGUAUACUUUGCUGAAACGUUUGAUGAUGCAAUGUUGUCUGGAUGGGUUCUUUCUCAAACUAAAAAGGAGGAUACAGAUGAAGAAAUUGCUAAAUAUGAUGGAAGAUGGGAAAUAGAACCAUUAAAGGAAAACAUGGUGUCUGGUGACAGAGGAUUGGUUCUGAAAUCUGUAGCAAAGCAUCAUGCAAUAUCUGCUAUGUUGACAAAGCCAUUUAUUUUUGAUAGUAACCCACUGAUUGUACAGUAUGAAGUGAAUUUUCAAGAUGGCAUUGAUUGUGGUGGUGCAUACGUGAAACUUCUUUCCCAAAGUGAUGAGUUGAAUCUGGAAUACUUUUAUGACAAAACAUCAUACACAAUUAUGUUUGGACCAGAUAAAUGUGGUGAAGAUUACAAAUUACAUUUUAUCUUCAGACAUAAACAUCCUAAAACUGGAGACUUCGAAGAAAAACAUGCCAAGCGUCCUGAUGUAGACCUUAAAAAAAUAUACUCGGACAGGAAGACCCAUCUGUAUACUCUUGUGCUGAAACCUGAUGACACAUUUGAAAUGUUAAUUGACCAAACAGUUGUCAGCAAGGGAAGUCUUCUAGAACACAUGGUUCCGCCUGUGAAUCCUCCAAAAGAAAUAGAAGAUCCCAAUGAUAAGAAGCCAGAGGACUGGGAUGAAAGAGCUAAAAUUCCUGAUCCUGAUGCUGUCAAGCCGGAUGACUGGGAUGAAGAUGAACCACCCAAAAUAGAAGAUCCUGGUGCAGUUAAACCUGAAGGCUGGCUUGAUGAUGAACCAGAAUAUAUUCCAGAUCCUAGUGCAGAAAAGCCAGAGGACUGGGAUGAGGAAAUGGAUGGUGAAUGGGAAGCUCCACAGAUUCCUAAUCCAAAAUGUGAGACUGCACCUGGUUGUGGAACCUGGAUACGACCCAUGAUGACCAAUCCUAAAUAUAAAGGAAAAUGGAAACCACCUAUGAUAGAGAACCCUAAUUAUCAGGGGAUAUGGAGUCCUCAAAAAAUCCCUAAUCCUGAUUAUUUUGAAGAUCCCCAUCCUUUCAGGAUGACUCCUAUUGGUGCUAUUGGCUUAGAGCUUUGGUCUAUGACAUCUGAUAUCUACUUUGAUAACUUCAUAAUCUGUUCGGAAAAGGAAGUUGCUGAUCGAUGGGCAGCGGAUGGCUGGGGCUUUAAAAAAUUAGUUGCAAGUGCUAAUGAACCUGGUAUGUUUAGUCAAUUGGUGACUGCAGCAGAGGAACGUCCGUGGCUUUGGAUUAUAUAUAUUUUGACCUUAGCACUACCUGUAGGAUUGGGCAUACUCUUCUGCUGGCCAUCCAAGAAAACAGAUGAAGAUGUAGACUACAAAAAAAGAGAUUUAACAAAGCCAUUUACAAAAGGAGAACUAGAACAAGAGGUACAAGUAAAGGAUGAAGAACCAAAAAUAGCAAAUGAGAACACCGGGGAGGAGGAGUAUGAAGGUGGUGAAGAUGAAGAGUAUGAGGAAGAAAAUGAAACUGCUGAGGGAAGUCAGGAAGAAGAUGGCAAUAAAUCUCUUUCAGAGGAUGAGAUGAAAGAAGCAGAUGAAAAUAUAGGAUCUGGCGAUGGACCAGCAAAAUCAGUCCGCAAAAGAAGAGUACGAAAGGACUAACUUCCAGCUAGUAUUGAAGGUUACCUGGGUAGAGAAGACAGGUCUAGACAUGCUAUUUUGGGCUUGUCUGGCAGCAUGCAGGUGGUUGAAUCUUACGGUAAAAGACUGGAUUCAUCUUAGAUUCUUGGUCUCCAUUUUCCAGCCCCUCCUAAUCCUGCAAGAUUUUUUUCCUUUACUUGAAGAAAUGCUCCUACUUGUGAUGUUAUUUGUUUCUUUGCUUCAUAGAAUAAAAGGAAAACAAUGA